ACCAAAACGCAACAUUUUGGUAAAAGACGAAAAACCAUGUUAACCGAAAAGUUGCUUUUCUUUCCUUCCUCUCUCUCUCGCGCAGACAAUAGCAGCAGGCCGGUAGCAACGCCUCCAUGGUGACGAAAGCCUAUACAGCCGACAGCCAUUAGCCGUUAGCCGUUCAGCUGAGGCUACUCUCUUUCUCGCAUUUUGUCAAUUCUCCUUUCUUUGUGGCGUUGCCGUUCAGAGCCAGUCGCCGCUGUCAACAACCUUCUCGAAGCCAUUGGUUGUACGUAGCCGUCCUACCUAGUUGAGCUCCCCAUUUGGACGAAGCUGCAUAACCAUUGGCCAGCUCUACUUUCAUUCCCGUCAGUAGCACGCCUUGCGGAUUGCAAAACCCUCCUUUCUUAGAGGUAAUGUGAUUUUAGUUAUAUACCAAUAGAUUCAUAUACACACAUGAUGGAUAUAGUUGAAAACAUACUUGAUAUUCCCGUGCAAAAUCCUUCUGAAGAAGAAUUCGCUUCUGCUGAUUUGACUUGGACCAAGUAUGGCACAGCUGAGCGCUAUGAUGAUGUAGCACUUAUUCCUUAUGAACGAGUUGAUACUUUUAUAAUUGGCGAAUGCUCUAAUGUAGAAUGCCCAACACGUUUCCAUAUUGAGAGGGGAAGGAAACGAUCGAGAGGCAGCUUGAAGGAGUACAAGAAUGACGAGUAUUUGGAAUAUAAGCUGUAUUGGUGUUCGUUUGGCCCUGAAAAUUAUGGAGAAGGUGGAAGUAUAUUACCUAGUCGAAGAUAUCGACUAAACACCCGAAACCGUGCUGCUAGGCCUCAAUCCAUGCGUGGCUGUACGUGCCAUUUUGUUGUGAAACGGCUCUAUGCUCGUCCUUCUGUUGCACUUAUCAUAUAUAAUGAAAGGCGUCAUGUAAACAAGUCUGGUUUUGUCUGCCACGGACCGCUUGAUAGAGAUGCCAUUGGGCCUGGAGCCAAGAAAAUUCCAUAUAUCUGUAACGAAAUUCAGCAGCAAACAAUGUCUAUGAUCUAUCUUGGAAUUCCUGAGGAGAAUGUGUUGGAGAAACACAUCGAGGGGAUUCAGCGAUACUGUGGUUCUAAUGCAAGGGUUGAUAGCCUUGCUUCACAAUAUGUUCAAAAACUUGGGAUGAUUAUCAAACGGUCCACGCAUGAGCUGGAUCUAGACGAUCAAUCUAGCAUCAGGAUGUGGGUUGAACGGAAUAAGAAAUCUAUUUUCUUUUAUCAAGAUACUUCUGAAGAUAAUCCUUUUAUUUUGGGGAUUCAAACAGAAUGGCAAUUGCAACAAAUGAUCCGAUUUGGACAUCGCAGUCUCGUUGCAGCUGAUUCAACUUUUGGCAUUAAAAGACUCAAGUAUCCAUUGUGCACACUUCUUGUGUUUGAUUCAAGACAACAUGCGCUCCCUAUUGCAUGGGUCAUUACACGUAGCUUUGCAAAGCCAGAUGUUUCUAAGUGGAUGAAGGCUCUACUCAGUCGAGCUUCUAGUGUAGAGCCUGGAUGGAAGAUCAGUGGAUUUUUGAUUGAUGAUGCUGCAGCAGAGAUUGAUCCCAUAAGGGACAUAUUUGGUUGCCCCAUACUGUUUUCUUUCUGGCGGGUUCGUAGAUCAUGGCUGAGAAAUAUCGUUAAAAAAUGUGGUAACAUAGAAGUUCAGCGUGAGAUUUUCAAACGUCUGGGAAAAAUAGUAUAUGGCAUUUGGGAGGGAGUUGAUACCUUGGCUGCAUUGGAAGAACUAACUCGUGAUUUUGUUGAUCAGACUGCAUUCAUACAAUAUUUAAAAGCCUCUUGGGUGCCUAAGAUUGAAAUGUGGCUUUCAACAAUUAGAGGUCUUCCUCUUGCAAGCCAAGAGGCAUCUGGUGCCAUAGAAGCCUAUCAUGUGAAGCUGAAAGCCAAAUUAUUUGAUGAUUCACAUCUUGGUGCGCUACAGAGAGUUGAUUGGUUAGUGCACAAGCUGACAACUGAGUUGCAUUCAAGCUACUGGCUAGAUCGGUAUGCAGAUGAAAGUGAUUCUUUUCAAAAUGUUAAGGAGGAAUAUGUUGCUUCUACAUCAUGGCAUAGGGCCCUGCAAAUUCCUGAUUCUGCUGUUACCUUGGAUGAUAAGGAUCAGCUCUUUGCCAAGGUGUCCAGUCAAAAAGACAGCAAUCUAAUGCAUAUAGUGUGGAAUCCUGGAUCAGAGUUUGCCUUUUGUGAUUGCUCAUGGUCUUUGCAGGGUAACCUUUGCAAGCAUGUCAUCAAGGUUAAUAUGAUCUGUGAAAAUCGUCAAGGCUAUCAGUGUUCUAUGUCUUUCCGGUCCUUCAAAGAGAUACUGACAAAUAUCUGGAAAAAACAUUCAGAUGAUUCGGUCAAUCUGGAUUUGUCAAUGGCCUGGACACAGCAGAUGCUCAACCAAAUUAAACAACUGGUUGAGCUGAAUAGUUCAGACAAUAUUAGUACUGUGGUAAAUAAUAUGCCAUUGAAAUGGUUUUCUAAGAAAGGCAGAACAUCCGUUGGCAUACCUUCAUCACUUCAGGCUCUUCCAUCUGCUUCCAUGAGCAAUACAAAGAUAGUUGCUGCAAGGCAAAAGAAUCGAAAACGUAAAAGAUUGUCAAGAUUAAGAUGGUAACAUUUGUUGGCAGGUAAGAUUUCUUCAUAGAGAUCUCUGACCGUUUCUACUCAUUAUUCUCCUCAGAGCUUCAAACAAUGCAAGGAUUAUUAAGAUAUUGAAAUUUAUUAAUGUUUAUUUCAUUAUCUAAUUCCUUAAGCAAUGUACAUAUUCUUCUUAGGGGGUUAGAGAGCUUAAAUUUUGAUUAGAAAGAGCACAUUAUGUUGAAAGUCCACAUUUGAAUUAAUGUUGAUCAAACAUAUAGGUUUAUACAUUUUGUUAAUUGGAAUGGAGCAGAAAAGUGAAAAGAAUAUGAUGAAAUUCUGUUAGAGGUGUUCUAGAAAA